GGACCUUUUACUUUCACAUUUUUUCUUGAGAGUCUACUCUCUAUCUCAGUUCUCUGUGUCACUACGCCUGAACUCUGUGCUUAGGACUGUAAAGGACAGUACCAUUGGGAAGUGCAGGCAGUGUCUAACUGUGGGUCUGUAAGGGUUUUUCCUGACUGUGACUGUGGGUCUGUAAGGGUUUUUCCUGACUGUGACUGUGGGUCUGUAAGGGUUUUUCCUGACUGUGACUGUGGGUCUGUAAGGGUUUUUCCUGACUGUGACUGUGGGUCUGUAAGGGUUUUUCCUGACUGUGACUGAGGGCUGGAUGGCUGAGCUGGUGAGAGUGAGGAGGAAACACCUCCAGACACCCAUCUCCAGGCUGAGGUGUAUGGUCAAGCAACUGGAGGAGAAACAUGUGGACUUUGAAGAUCUGAAGAAGAACUUGGACUACACAGCAUCCUUACUGGAAGCCAUUUACAUUGAUGGGACCAGACAGGGUCUGGACGCAGAGGAUGACCUCCAGAAGCUGCACUCUGAUGGCGUGCCCACGGAGGUUACUGAUUGGCUGACUUCAACCUUCACUCAGAGGGCCCGCCGCCCUGCCCGCCGCUCCGACGACAAACCAAAGUUCCGCAGCAUCGUCCACGCAGUGCAGGCUGGGAUAUUUGUCGAGAGGAUGUUCCGGAGGGCAUACACUGCUGCCAUCCCUGACCAACCUGCAGUAGUAGUUCACUGUCUCAGGGACAUUGACCGGUGGAACUUUGAUGUGUUUGCCCUGAACACUGCCAGCCAUGACCACGCACUACAGACCAUGUUCUUCGAGCUGGUCACACGAUACGAACUCAACAGCAGAUUCAAGAUCCCCAUCUCCUGUCUGAUGACCUUCUUGGAGAAGCUGGAGAGAGGCUACAGUAAACACAGCAACCCAUACCACAGCAGUGUCCACGCAGCCGACGUCACACAAACCCUACACUGUCUGCUCCUCCGCACAGGACUCGUGCACUGGUUGACUGAACUGGAGGUUCUGGCGUCACUGUUUGCUGCGGCCAUCCAUGACUACGAACACACUGGAACUACCAACAACUUCCACAUUCACACAAAGUCAGACUUUGCUAUGAUCUACAAUGACCGGUCAGUCCAGGAGAGCCACCACAUCAGUGCUACGUUCCGCCUUCUCCAAGACGACCAGUCCAACAUCUUCAUGAACCUCUCCAGAGAAGAGUGGAUGGAGCUGCGAGCGCUGGUGAUAGAGAUGGUGUUGGCUACAGACAUGUCGUCUCACCUCGUCCAGGUCAAAGCCAUGAAGGGGUGUCUGCAGCAGCAGGAAAGCAUAAACAAACCCAAAGCGCUGUCCUUACUACUGCACACUGCAGACAUCAGUCACCCGUCCAAGCCCUGGGGUCUACACUCUCGCUGGACCAAAGCCCUCAUGGAUGAGUUCUUCAGACAGGGUGACAGAGAGGCAGAGCUAGGUCUUUCCUUCUCUCCACUGUGUGAUCGGAACAGCACCCUAGUCGCGGAGUCACAGAUAGGUUUCAUAGACUUCAUAGUGGACCCUACGUUCUCCCUACUGACUGACAUGGCUGAGAAGAUAGUAAUUCCCCUGGUGGAAGACAACCCAGACACACCUGACCCAUGCAAUCCACAUAGUAAUCUGUGGAAGGAGAGUUCCAGAGGACUUCAGUGGAGCUUGGCUCACAUCACCUCAGAACUGGUCACCUUCAGAUCCACCUGGACACGACACACGGAAGACAACAAGUUCAAAUGGAAGGAGAGCGGCUCCAACGGAAUCUUGGAUCAGAACGUGACGAAGGAGCUGCCGACUGGUGAAGACGAACUGUUCUAACCUUCUAAUGAUACGAAACAGUAGAGAGGCCUCUCGUGUAGUAUGAUGCCUAUGGAAACCAUAUGGAAACCAAAGUAAUUUAAUGAGGAUUGCAAAAACAUGCUGGUCAUGUUAUUUGCUAAUGACCAAAUAUGUUUUUUACAGUGCUUUGCUUGUAAUUCACAUUGAAAACAUUUGAUGAAGAAACUGAACAAAGAACAUGUUUGUAGCAUGCGUAACAUGGGUAACAUGUAUGUUAAAUGUGGUAUGGGCAAUGUUUGAGGGUAGUAAAAUGCUGGAGAUACUAUAUGUUCUGACUGUUCUUGUUGAUACAACAAGAUAAAGAGGUUCUACUGCUUUAUAUUCUACCGUACCACUGAGGAGAUUCUGAUGUCCCAUUAAUAUUCACAUGAAAUGUAAAAACAAGGAGUGAUUCUUCAUCUGAUUCUUCAUCUAAAGCUUCAUCUGAUUCUUCAUCUGAUUCUUCAUCUAAAGCUUAAUCUGAUUCUUCAUCUGAUUCUUUAUCUGAUUCUUCAUCUGAUUCUUCAUCUGAUUCUUCUUCUGAUUCUUCUUCUGAUUCUUCACAUGCUGCCCAAAGAAUUUGAAGUGUGAACUAUACUGAAUAUAUUGUAUGUUAGUAGCCAUUCUCCCGGAUCAUUAGCCCAGGACUAACAUACUGUCCACGUUUUGUAUCUUGAAUAUUGUGAUUCUGAGGCCGUCCUGAUAUGGACACUGUACAUCAAAGCCACGACAGACAGUGAUAGUCAGAGGAGUUGGUUUGAAGCACUACAGAUCUGGGGACAGGCUGAGAUAUCAGGCCAAUCCUUCAGCAGAGUCCUGUUCACUGGUCGUCCAGUAAGAGGGCAUAAAACUCUCGGGAGGAAGACUGAACAGGGCUACAGUGGUAUUAUGAAAUACAUUGGUGAAAACCAGUCACGUUUUGAAAUAUUGAUGUGUUUUUAUGCUCACAGCUCUACAUCUAUUGAAUAAUUGACAAGCAGAAUGGUCUAUUUUAGGGUUGCAUUACAAGUCAACCUUACGCAACACAGUCAGUGAUGCAACACUAAUGUCAGGGCUGUGUUGGGUGUGUCCCAAAUGGCCCCCACCCUAUUCUCUUUAUAGUGCACUACUUUGGACCUGAGCCUUAUGGGUCCUGGUCAAAAGUAGUGCAAUUUAAAGGGAAUAGGGUGCCAGUGUGGACGCACACCUUGUUGGCCUGCUAUUGGUGGUUCUUACUGUAAUAAGGCCUGCUAUUGGUGGUUCUUACUGUAUUAAGGCCUGCUAUUGGUGGUUCUUACUGUAAUAAGGCCUGCUAUUGGUGGUUCUUACUGUAUUAAGGCCUGCUAUUGGUGGUUCUUUCUGUAUUAAGGCCUGCUAUUGGUGGUUCUUACUGUAUUAAGGCCUGCUAUUGGUGGUUCUUACUGUAAUAAGGCCUGCUAUUGGUGGUUCUUACUGUAUUAAGGCCUGCUAUUGGUGGUUCUUACUGUAUUAAGGCCUGCUAUUGGUGGUUCUUUCUGUAUUAAGGCCUGCUAUUGGUGGUUCUUACUGUAUUAAGGCCUGCUAUUGGUGGUUCUUACUGUAUUAAGGCCUGCUAUUGGUGGUUCUUUCUGUAUUAAGGCCUGCUAUUGGUGGUUCUUACUGUAUUAAGGCCUGCUAUUGGUGGUUCUUACUGUAAUAAGGCCUGCUAUUGGUGGUUCUUACUGUAAUAAGGCCUGCUAUUGGUGGUUCUUUCUGUAUUAAGGCCUGCUAUUGGUGGUUCUUACUGUAUUAAGGCCUGCUAUUGGUGGUUCUUACUGUAAUAAGGCCUGCUAUUGGUGGUUCUUACUGUAUUAAGGCCUGCUAGUGGUGGUUCUUACUGUAUUAAGGCCUGCUAUUGGUGGUUCUUACUGUAUUAAGGCCUGCUAUUGGUGGUUCUUACUGUAAUAAGGCCUGCUAUUGGUGGUUCUUACUGUAUUAAGGCCUGCUAUUGGUGGUUCUUACUGUAUUAAGGCCUGCUAGUGGUGGUUCUUACUGUAUUAAGGCCUGCUAUUGGUGGUUCUUACUGUAAUAAGGCCUGCUAUUGGUGGUUCUUACUGUAAUAAGGCCUGCUAUUGGUGGUUCUUACUGUAUUAAGGCCUGCUAUUGGUGGUUCUUACUGUAUUAAGGCCUGCUAUUGGUGGUUCUUACUGUAAUAAGGCCUGCUAUUGGUGGUUCUUACUGUAUUAAGGCCUGCUAUUGGUGGUUCUUACUGUAAUAAGGCCUGCUAUUGGUGGUUCUUACUGUAAUAAGGCCUGCUAUUGGUGGUUCUUACUGUAAUAAGGCCUGCUAUUGGUGGUUCUUACUGUAUUAAGGCCUGCUAUUGGUGGUUCUUACUGUAUUAAGGCCUGCUAUUGGUGGUUCUUACUGUAUUAAGGCCUGCUAUUGGUGGUUCUUACUGUAUUAAGGCCUGCUAUUGGUGGUUCUUACUGUAUUAAGGCCUGCUAUUGGUGGUUCUUACUGUAUUAAGGCCUGCUAUUGGUGGUUCUUACUGUAUUAAGAGUAAUUUAUACAGUGAAUACGUUUUUUUUUUACAGUAAAACAGACACUUCUCUAACAACAUUUUAUUGUAUCAAAUAAACAAUUUUAGGGCUCUAUUCAAUCUGCAUCACUGAAGCGUUACAGAUCGCGGAUAGACAUUUAAAGGUUAUUCCCGAUUAAGCAGACAUUUUCAGCGUUUACGGUGAAAGCAGUCUCCCCUAAUGCGGGAACAUUGCCUUUAAAUUUAAAUCACGCUGUAACGCUGAAUUUCCGAGAUACGGAUUGAAUAUGCUCAUAUAGAUUAAUUUGUUUUAUGUACCAUCAUUUAUAAUUGAGAAAAUAAAUGUAUGUUUUCC